AUGAAUUAUUGUAAUAUUAAAACAACUAGAAGAAAUAGCUUCACUCUUACCUAUCAAUCACUAGAGCAAAUCAAACAUCAUAGAAGAUAGAGUUGCUGUUGUAAAGAAUGUGGGAUUUAGAGCAUGUUCCAAAAAUUGCAUUCUGAUGUUUAGUGCCCAAUCUAAGAACAUCUAAGACGACAAAGGGAUACUACUCAUUCAAGUGCCAAUUCUAACUCAGAUGUCUCAUUAGAGAUAAUUUAAACAGUUAAGAAGCUUCCCUUUCUGAGAGGGUAACUCAAAUUGAUCAGUCUACCUCCAAAUUACGAUUAAUAAAUACUGGAGAUUAAGAAAAAGAAGAGAAGGCAUAGUUGCCAUUGUAAUGAGUGUGGGCAUCUUAGCAAGUUUUAAACAAAAACUCAAAAUCUAUAUGUCGAAAGGUAUCAACAAAUGAAGAAAUAAUUUCGAAUAAAAUAAAUUAGGAGACACAAUAAAAAUAAAACCUAAACUUUAAUUGAAACUGAGAAUCCUGCUAUUUUACAUAUGAACUCACCGAUGAUGAAAUAUUCAAAGUAUUCAAGAACUGCCAAAUUGAUUUUGGAACAAAACCAAAUGAAGAACUUACCAAGAUUUUGUACAGAAAAGAAUAUUUGUAGCCCUAAAAUCAAAUCCUUUUUGCCAUCUUUGCAUCUUCCUAAGUCUUUUCGUACCCAACUCUUUUGA